UGUCGUCAUCGCUACACAGGAAGUGUGAUCCCGGCUGAAGCGUCGUGCUGCGCGGCCCCGUUCAGUAUUUCUGAUCAAUCGGAUUGAUUAGAGGUGAUUAAUAGCGCUGAUCAGUGAUCUGUCACCCGUGUGUGAGAGUCAUGGUCGGGGUGAAAGUGAUCGGGACGGACUCGGAGUUCCAGGCGGAGAUGAGCGGCGCGGGAUCCCGGCUAGCCGUUGUGAAGUUCACCAUGAGCGGGUGUCGUCCUUGUGUCAGAAUAGCUCCAGCCUUCAACAUGUUGAGCAACAAAUAUCCUCAGGUUGUGUUUCUUGAAGUGGACGUCCACGUCUGUCAGGCAACAGCUGCUGCCAAUAAUAUCUCAGCAACGCCAACGUUCCUGUUUUUCCGAAACAAAGUGCGUGUGGACCAGUAUCAGGGCGCAGAUGCUUCCGGACUGGAGGAGAAAAUCAAACAGCAUGUGGAAAACGAUCCCGGGAGCAACGAGGACUCUGAUAUUCCCAAAGGCUACAUGGACCUGAUGCCGUUUGUGAAUAAAGCGGGCUGUGAAUGUCUCAAUGAGAGUGAUGACUUUGGUUUUGAUAACUGCUUAAUCAAGGACUCAUCUUACUUGGAGUCAGACUGCGAUGAACAGCUUCUGAUCACGAUGGCCUUCAAUCAACCUGUCAAACUCUUUUCCAUGAAACUGCAGUCUGUAGAGUUUGCUCAAGCUCCAAAGAGUGUGAAGAUUUUCAUUAAUCUUCCUCGUUCGAUGGAUUUUGACGACGCAGAGAGAAGCGAAGCCACACAGGCGCUCGAUCUGUCAGAGGAAGACUACAAAGAUGACGGACUGAUCCCGCUCAGAUACGUCAAGUUUCAGAACGUCAACAGCGUGACUUUAUUUAUUAAGUCAAACCAAGGCGACGAGGAGACAACGAAAGUGAACUAUUUGACAUUUAUUGGAACCCCUGUCCAGGCGACAAACAUGAAUGACUUCAAACGGGUUGUGGGGAAGAAGGGAGAAAGUCACUGAAGAGGAAAAGACGACACGACAUAUUGCUGCAUCUCUCCACGGGCGUCUCUCUCUGCCAACAUGACUGGGCAACGUCCACACACACACACACACACACACACACAAACACUGCCGAGCACUGGAAUCGUCCCUCAGCUCGCCAUCUGAGAGAGAGAGAGAGAGAGAGAGAGAGAGAGAGAGGACAGCUUUGUCUCAAUGAGGCCAUGUAUCAGAAAUCAUUUCUAUCCGAAACCCUCAUGGAAAUGUUCCUGUAAAUAAAGUCGAUCCUUUUUCAAAGG